UCACGUCGUUGCUGCAAGUGCGUUCGGAACUCGGACGCCCAAGCCUUCCGGGCCGAACACGUGAAGCCGAGCGCCCACCCCGAUUCGGCAACGGUCCCUGCCAAGAUGUCCGAACGGGCCUCCGAAUGCAACUUUUUGAUUGAUACUUGAAUGCGCGGCGCCCCUCAUUUCGCCAUGGACACUUGAUUGCGAACGUGUGCUGUUAUGUCGAAGACGCAGACGAGCACCAUGGCGCAGGCCAAUGGCACGCACAAGCUGAAAGGGAAGAGGGCCGAUGGAGCGGUGAAGAGCGGGCCGAAAGACGAGAAGACGGAUUAUACAAAGUGGAGGCUGCAAGAUGACCGUGGGUGCCAGGUCUGGCAGUACCUGGAGAGCGAUGAGGAGGCGCAGAAGUGGCCGCAGAGCAGGGCAGAGAAAUAUUUCUUGGGCUUGGACACGGGCCUGCCCAGCCUCCCGCCAGCCAAGACGCCGCUCCAAUCCGCUGAAAAUGCCCUCUCCUUCUUCUCGCACCUCCAGCUCCCAUCCGGACAAUGGGGCUGCGAAUACGGAGGCCCCAUGUUCCUCCUACCCGGCCUCGUAAUCACCUGGUACGUCACCGAGACGCCGAUUCCGCACUCGCGCGCCGUAGAAAUAAAAAACUACCUCUUCGCACGGCAGCACCCAGAGGAUGGGGGCUGGGGACUGCACAUUGAGGGCGAUAGCAGCGUGUUCGGGACUGCGAUGAAUUAUACCGUGCUGAGACUGCUGGGCGUAGAUGCGGAGGACGAGCGCAUGAGGAAGGCGAGAGCGACGUUGUGGAAGUUGGGCGGUGCUUUGAGGGGCCCGCAUUGGGGCAAGUUUUGGUUAAGCGUGCUUGGGGUGCUGGAUUGGGAUGUUGUUAAUCCGGUGCCGCCAGAGCUGUGGUUACUUCCUGACUGGGUGCCAAUCGCCCCCUGGCGGUGGUGGAUCCACAUGCGACAAGUCAUGCUGCCCAUGUCCUACGUCUACUCCAAAAAAUGGUCCUACCCCAUUAACGACCUAACGCGCCAACUGCGCUCCGAACUGCUCACCCAGCCCUACGAGAGCAUAACAUUCGGCAAGCACCGCAACGACAUCGCCCCAACCGACGACUACCACCCCAAAACCCUGAUCCUUCGGAUCCUCUUCUGGUUCCUGGCCACUCUCUGGUUCCCCUUCUUCCGCCCCGACUGGUUCGCCAAAAAGGCAGAGGACCACGUAUGGUGGCUCAUCGAAGCCGAGGACGAAAACACCUGCUUCGCCAACCUCGGUCCCGUCAACGGCCCCAUGAACACGCUGGUCGCGUACAUCCGCGGCGGACUAGACUGCUGCGCCUUUCGCGAGCAUGUCAAGACGCUGCCCGAGUUUCUCUGGAUGAAAGACGAAGGCAUGCUCAUGAACGGCACGAACGGCGUCCAGGUCUGGGACACGGGCUUCGUCAUCCAAGCCUGCGAGGCUGGCGGCUUCACCAAAGAUCCCAAAUGGCAGCCCGUGCUCACUAGAGCAUUAGAGUUCCUGGAAGACCAUCAGAUGCGCGAAGAGUGCCGCGACCAGCACCAAUGCUAUCGCCAGCAGCGUAAAGGCGCGUGGCCCUUCAGCACCAAGAAGCAAGGCUACACGGUCAGCGACUGCACCUCCGAGGGCCUAAAAUGCGUUCUCCUCCUGCAGAACCAAAAGGGCUAUCCCAAGCUUGUCGCCGACGACCGCUGCAAGGACGCCGUCGACGUGCUCCUCACCAUGCAGAACAAGUCCGGCGGCUGCGCCUCGUACGAGCCCACGCGUGGCUCCCAUAAACUCGAAUGGCUCAAUGCCGCCGAAGUCUUCGGCAACAUCAUGGUCGAGUAUGACUACCCGGAAUGCACAACCGCCUGCAUAACCGCGCUCCACAUGUUCCAGAAAUACUUCCCCGACUACCGCGCCGACGAGAUAAAAGCCUUCAAAGCGCGCGCGGUGGACUAUAUUCGCGCGGCCCAGCGCCCCGACGGCUCCUGGUACGGCUCCUGGGGCAUCUGCUUCACCUACGCGGGCAUGUUCGCGCUCGAAUCGCUCGCCUGCGUCGGCGAAACAUACACGACGUCCGAGCGCGUUCGCCGAGCGUGCAAAUUCUUCCUCGAUCGGCAGAUGGACGACGGCGGCUGGGGCGAGACGUACAAGAGCUGCGAAGACGGCGUGUACACGCAGCAUCCGCAGUCGCAAGUCGUGCAAACGGCCUGGGUUGUUAUCGGCCUGCUCAAAGCAGAGUAUCCAGAUCGCGAGCCGAUCCAGAGGGCUCUGAGGUUGAUAAUGAGCAGGCAGCAGAAGAAUGGGGAGUGGCUGCAGGAGGCGAUUGAAGGCGUGUUUAAUAAGUCUUGCAUGAUCUCAUACCCGAACUACAAGUUCAUCUUCCCCAUUAAGGCGCUGGGCCUGUACGCGAAGCGCUUUGGAGAUGAGCCCUUACUGUAAAGAGAGGACUUGGCUGCUGAUAGAGGGUAGUUAAAGGUCCAGAAGGCGACGGAGAUACCCGUAAUGUGGACGAUGGAUAUGCAUAUAGAUGAACCGCAGCUUAAUACUAAUACAUCGCGUCAACAUUCUGCA